AUGGAGUCUUUUCAGAAUCGAUCUCGAAUCCCCGAACUCGGCGUUCCCAUCGACGGCGACAGCGAGCGGCCCGCACAUAAAUUAGGAUGGGGGGGCAGCAUCUGGAAUUCCAACUCCAACUUUCCCGCUGCACGCGAGAAGGAUAGCGUUGAAGGGAAGAUUGGCCAGCUAGUUGCGUCUUCAGAAUCGGAUGCUUGGAACAUUCACCGCUCGCCAUGGGAUACCAGUAGCCAUUCACGAUCUGGAGUGUCCCCAGCCCGACAACGUGUCGCGCAACAGCCGCAGCCUACUCAGGCGUACACCGAAGCGACUAUGCCCUCUUCCUAUUUCACCUUGGCCCAAGGUGUGCCAUCUAAACCACUACUGGACCCAUCCAUAGGCAACUUCUCCGCCUCGAGACCCGUCGAGUCUAUAGCUAACGGCUUUGGUGCUUUCGGCCGCCUCGGUGAAGCUGAUGCCCUUGCCUCAAGACCAGCGGAAGCAAACAGCUCCUGGGACAAUAACUCGCUGCAUUCGCCGACCGAUGAUCGCCGUAGUAUUGCUGCAUCAAGCACCACGCAAUCACGAAGCGGUUCUCUGCCACCCUCACGUCAUGGCGACCUGCAGUUCCCCCAAAACGCAGAUGCUUACUCCAGGUUGUCCCAGCCAGUAUCUCGCCACAACCCCUCCUUCUCUUCGCAAACCAACGGAAGAGCGUACCAAGAGCGGAGCGGCUCUAUACAAAGUGACAGCCUGUCCAUGUUUGGACGCCUCAGCAUUAGUAAUGAGGUCGAUCAAGGCAUGGCGGUGCACAAGCCAUCGAUGAGCGUCAAUGGAUUGCCUCCAUAUUUCAGUCCCACAUCGCAGGAUCCGGGUUUCAUGCGUGAUAUCACAGACAUGUCACAAGUCUUGGUACGUCCCGAGGAAACUCAACCAAACGGCAUUGGAUCCUUUACACCUGAUGGAUAUGCGAAUGGUCAUCUUGGUGACCACACUGCCCAACUGCGACAGUAUCAGUUCGAUUCUCGAAGCGCCCCCAACGGGACUGGAGUCCGCCAGUCUCCGUACUAUUCGCAAACACAUACACCUCCUGUAUAUGACCACUUGUAUCCAUCACGAGCGGAUCAAGUGCCUCGCGUUGUCUCCAAUGGGAAUCUUGCGAUUGUUGAGAGGAAGUUACGUGGAUAUCAGCAGCUGCAGCAAGUACAGCAAGAGCAGCAAAAUUUCAUCAACGCGCACCAAUUUCAGCAACAACACUACCAGCAAAUGAUCCCCCACAACCAGUUCAGGGCACCCUACUACUCUUACGGCAUACCGAAUUCUUUACCAGUCAACGGAAUCCACCCAGGAAUGGCUUUACAGACACUUCCUGGAAUGAUGCCUGUGGAGCCGCCCAAGGCGCCGCGGGAGCACGAGCCUAGCGAAGGUUACCGCAGUUUACUUAUGCAAGAGUUCAAGCAGAACAACAAAACCAGCAAGCGAUAUGAACUGAAGGACAUCUAUGACCACAUCGUUGAGUUUAGCGGAGACCAGCAUGGAUCUCGGUUCAUCCAGCAAAAGCUGGAGACAGCGAACAGCGACGAGAAGGAACGGGUGUUCAAGGAGCUGCAAUCUGAAUCACUACAGCUCAUGCAGGACGUCUUCGGCAACUACGUCAUCCAGAAGUUCUUCGAACAUGGCGACCAGAACCAGAAACGCAUUAUCGCUAGCCGAAUGAAGGGUCAUGUGGUAACUUUGUCCGUGCAGAUGUAUGCCUGCAGAGUAGUUCAGAAGGCCUUAGAGCAUAUUCUGACCGACCAACAAGCGGAGCUAGUAAGAGAGCUGGAGAAGGACGUUAUCCGAUGUGUCAAAGAUCAGAAUGGCAACCACGUUAUUCAGAAGGUCAUCGAGCGUGUCCCACCUGAAUACCUUGGAAAUACAAUCGCAGCAUUCAAGGGCCAGGUUGGAUUCCUAGCAGCACACACAUACGGCUGCCGCGUAAUUCAACGAUUGCUUGAACACUGUGACGACCCAGCUCGGGCCUCAAUACUCCAGGAACUUCAUCUCGAAGGCGCAAAGCUCAUUCCGGACCAGUAUGGCAACUACGUCACGCAGCACAUCAUCGAACAUGGCCGGCCAGAGGAUCGUGUCAAAAUCACUGCAUUGGUCAAGAACGAGCUUGCCUUUUUGUCGAAACACAAGUUUGCUAGCAAUGUUGUCGAGAAAUGUCUGACGUUCGGCACCAACGAACAGCGCCGUGAGAUCAUGCUCAAAACCCUGGAAAAUGAUGAGCGUGGAGAACGCGUCUUGGCGGUAUUGCUUAAAGAUGCUUAUGGCAACUACGUCGUUCAAAAGCUUCUUGAUACUCUCAGUCUCAAGGACUUCUUCGAGUUCGUCGAGCAUCUGCAGCCCGAAAUGGUCAACAAUAGAAGACUCAUUCCUGGGAAGCAGGCUGUGGCUAUCGAAAAGAAGAUGCAUAGAUUCGACCAGUCUAACGUUUCUCCUAGAAUGGACCAGCGUAAUUCGGUCGGCUCUGUCGCCGUGAGUACGGAUAUCUCAGCGGCCCCAUCGCCUCCUCCCUUGGUCAAUGAUGCUCAGAGUCCACAGAGCUGCUCCUUGCCUAGCACGCAUUCCAGCACUGUCGGCCCUGACGAGCUAGUACACGCCUCCGCCAGCAAGGGCUUCAACGCCCCACACGCAGUAAGCAUUGCGAAUGCUUUAUAG